CAACAUAAUCUAAGAGCAGCAUAACACUAGGCGGGCGUAAGACUAAAGAGGUGAAGAGAUUUUCCAAAUAUUUUUAUAUUUAUAUUGCUAAUCAUUACUGUGAAAAUACAAAUGCCAUUGAUAUUAUAAUCACUACAGUUGCAAAUUUUUAAAAAUCUGCAUUUAUUUUAAAAACUAUGUUCUCUUUUCUCAAAUGUUUUUGAUGAUCCACUGGUAUGUAUUUAUAUAAUUAUAUAUCCAUUUCUUUCACAGGUGUAUUGCAACCUUCACAGCGGCAUUAUAUGAAGGCUGUGGCCAGUAAAAACUCCAGCACAGAAGGGCUUCAACAGAUGAUUCUAAUGACAUUUCAACAUGCUUCAUCAUGACUGCCCACUGGACACAAAAGCAGUCCCCACAAAAACAUGUCAAGGCAAAAGUAGCAGUGUCAUUUCAGAAACUGUUGCAGAGAAAGUGAAGCCCAUAUACGAUAGGCUCAUUUCAGAUGUGCUUCUGGCAAGAUGCUUGUCCGUGAUGACACAUGCUAAAAUAUGGGCAAGGUGUCCUAAGCACAUUUUUGUAGGGAGAAGGCGGGUGGAAGUGGAGACAGCCUUGUUUGUUUCAGAAUUUAAUUCUGGCAGUGUUGGACUGAAAGUGAAAGGUUUUUUUAAAUAUUGAGUUUUCUGUGAGGAGUAUGGCCUUAUACAGAAGGGUUACAAAAAUUAUUUAAAAAAAACAAAAAACAAAGAGAGAAACCUUAGAAGAGGAGAAGAAAAGAGAUAACAGCAGUCAACAUUAUUGCUCAGCAGAAAUAUAUUAGAUUCAAGGGAG